GUGUGCCCCCUACAUUAGGUGUCGCCAUCAGAGUGCAACUUUACAUCAUGUGUGCCCAUCAGAGUUCUCCUUUACAUCAGUUGUCCCCAUCAGAGCGCCCGUUUACAUCAGGUAUCCCCAUUACAGUGCCACCUUACAUCAGGUAUUCUCAUCAGAGUGCUCCCUUAACACUCAAAGUACCUCUUUCUAUCAUAUUUCCCCAUCAGAGUGCCCCUUUACAUCAUAUUCCCCAUCAGAGUGCCCCUUUACAUCAUGUGCCAAUCAGACAUCCCCCUUCCAUCACAUGUGCCCAUCAAAGUGUCCCUUUCCACAGUAUGUGCCCAUUUGUGCCACUUAACAUAAAAUGUACUCAUCAGAGUGCCCCGUAACAUAAAAUGUACUCGUCAGAGUACCCCGUAACAUAAUAUGUACCUGUCAGAGUGCCCCGUAACAUAA